AUGGCUGAAGGAAAAGGGGCCGUCGGCACGGCGCCGGCCAGCACGCCUGAUGCCAAGGGGCCGUCGAGCAUCGAUGCAGAGCUGCAGCAUUCAGAAUUUGGACACUGUUCGAAUGAUGCGUACCGCUGGCGGUCCGAGUACGACGAGGGCGACCUCGAAGUCUCAGAAGAGGACAGCCCGAGCUACAUCACGGUGCUGUCGACGUACAUGUCGUACAUCAUUAUCAUCCUUCUGGGCCAUAUCCGUGAUUAUUUGGGAAAGCGCUUCUAUAAGAACGCGUUUGUUAACCUCGUCGAACGCGACGGAUUCGCCCCACUCAAUUCGGAUUUCGACAGCUUCUACACGCGCCGCCUCAAGACACGUAUCGACAAUUGCUUCGAGCGCCCUGUGACGGGCGUGUGUGGUCGCACGGUGCUUACGCUCGACCGCGAGAGCAAGGACUACUGCCGCACCUUCCAAAUGACCGGCGGCAAGACGCGUGCGUUGAAUGUCAGCGCGUACAACUACCUCGGCUUUGCACAGUCGCGCGGCCAGUGCGCGGACAAUGUGCAGCUUGGCCUCGACAUGUACGGCAUCACGAGCGGUGGCACGCGUCUCGGCGCCGGAUACCUCGACCUCCAGCAGCAGACCGAGAAGAUGGUCGCCUGCUUCCUGAACCAGGAGGACGCACUGGUCGUCAGCAUGGGUUACGCCACGAACUCGACCACCAUCCCGGCGAUUUCGGGCCCCGGCACGCUGAUCAUCUCGGACGAGCUCAACCAUACCUCGUUGCGUGCGGGUGUGCGUAUGAGCGGUGCAAGCAUCCGCACCUUUAAGCACGCCGACAUGAAUAACCUCGAGGAGUUGCUGCGGGAGAGUAUCAGUCAGGGCCAGCCGCGCACGCACCGCCCCUGGAAAAAGAUUGUGCUCCUGAUCGAAGGCCUCUACUCGAUGGAGGGCACCAUUGUCGACCUGCCCGCUGUCUUGGAGCUGAAGAAGCGCUACAAGUUUUACUUGUACGUCGACGAGGCGCACUCGAUCGGCGCGCUUGGCCCCCAGGGCGGCGGCGUGUGCCAGUACUUUGGCGUGGACCCCGACCUGAUCGACAUCCACAUGGGCACCUUUACCAAGUCCUUUGGCGCUGUCGGCGGCUACAUUGCGGGCAAGAAGGGCCUGAUUGACCGCAUCCGCAUGUCGAACCACUCGAACGUCUACGCAGAGACCAUGGCGCCGCCCGUCAUGGUCCAGAUCAUAUCGACGCUCGCGACGCUGAUGCGCGUCGGCCUCAGCAAGGAGGGCCGCGCGCUGAUCCCGCCGUGGAUGCGCUUCUCGGAGGACUUUAUGACGGGUGUCGAGGGCCAGCACCGCCUCGAGCGUCUCGCAUUCAACGCACGCUACCUCAACCACGGCCUGCGCAAGCUCGGCUUCAUCAUUUGGGGCAGCCGCGACUCGCCCGUGGUGCCGCUGCUCAUUUUCCAGCCGGGCAAGAUGACCGCUUUUUCGGACAUGAUGCUGCACCGCGACUGGGCUCUGCCGCCCUCCAGGCGCUGGGAGACGAAGGACAAGGAGUGGAACAGUGCCUCGCUCACCUACGCCAACAUCGAGGUGGAAAAGUCGUCGGACGAGACGACGCCGCCGCGCCGGCCCCCGAUCGUGGUCGUGGUCGUGGCCUACCCCGCCACUCCGCUCAUUUCGUCGCGUGUACGCUUCUGUGUUAGCUCUGCGCACACCAAGGAAGACAUUGACGAUGUCCUGCAGGCCUGCGACGAGAUCGGCGACGUCCUCUGCCUCAAAUACGCCAACGGUGGACCGGGCGGCCGCUGGUCGCUGGACAAAAUCAAGUCACACGCCGUCGAGCUGGUGCAGUGGAACGGAAAAGAACCUUUGCCAGAGCCUGCAUAG